CGGCGGCGGCGGCGAUGGCAGCGGACCCCGAGCGGGCUUGAGGGCUCGGCGCCGCUCCCUCCCGCGCGACCUCGGGCCGACCCGGCGCUGCGGCCCCGACGCGCGCCGCUCCUGCUCCCUCCCCGGCCGCUGCCCGGGCAGAGGCGGCGGCGGCGGAGGCCCGGGCGGGCCGCCUGCUCGUGCCCCGCGCGGCCCCGGACGGCCCGACUGCUGUGCGGAGGAGGCCGAGUCGGUAGUGAAAAGAAAUUACUGAAGAAUAGGAUCUCAAGAUGAGUAAAAAGCCCCCAAAUCGUCCUGGAAUCACUUUUGAGAUUGGUGCUCGUUUGGAGGCACUGGACUACUUACAAAAAUGGUAUCCGUCACGGAUUGAGAAAAUUGAUUAUGAGGAGGGCAAGAUGCUGGUCCACUUUGAGCGCUGGAGUCAUCGUUACGAUGAGUGGAUUUACUGGGACAGCAACAGACUGCGGCCUCUGGAGAGGCCUGCACUGAGGAAGGAGGGACUCAAAGACGAGGAGGAUUUCUUUGAUUUUAAAGCCGGAGAAGAAGUUCUGGCUCGCUGGACAGACUGUCGCUAUUACCCUGCCAAGAUUGAAGCCAUCAACAAAGAGGGAACAUUCACAGUUCAGUUUUAUGAUGGAGUAAUUCGUUGUUUAAAAAGAAUGCACAUUAAAGCAAUGCCAGAAGAUGCUAAGGGGCAGGUGAAAUCCCAGCAUCCACUAAGCUGGUGUUGUCCUAUCGACCCAGCUGGAUCGUGUAACCAGUCUAUGGGAAGUGAGGAUUGGAUAGCUUUAGUCAAAGCAGCUGCUGCAGCUGCAGCCAAGAAUAAAACAGGGAACAAACCUCGGACCAGCGCUAACAGCAAUAAAGAUAAGGAGAAAGAUGAGAGAAAAUGGUUUAAAGUACCUUCAAAGAAGGAAGAGACUUCAACAUCUAUAGCCACAUCAGAAACUGAGAAGAAGGAAGAUCUGCCCACAUCUAGUGAAACAUUUGGACUUCAUGUAGAGAACGUUCCAAAGAUGGUCUUUCCACAGCCAGAGAGCACAUUAUCAAACAAGAGGAAAAAUAAUCAAGGCAACUCAUUUCAGGCAAAGAGAGCUCGACUUAACAAGAUUACUGGUUUGUUGGCAUCCAAAGCUGUUGGGGUGGAUGGUGCUGAGAAAAAGGAAGACUACAGUGAAACGGCUCCAAUGCUGGAGCAGGCGAUUUCACCUAAACCUCAAAGUCAGAAAAAAAAUGAAGCUGACAUUAGCAGUUCUGCCAACACUCAGAAACCUGCACUGUUAUCCUCAACUUUGUCUUCAGGGAAGGCUCGCAGCAAGAAAUGCAAACAUGAAUCUGGAGAUUCUUCUGGGUGUAUAAAACCCCCUAAAUCACCACUUUCCCCAGAAUUAAUACAAGUCGAGGAUUUGACGCUUGUAUCUCAGCUUUCUUCUUCAGUGAUAAAUAAAACUAGUCCUCCACAGCCUGUGAACCCCCCUAGACCUUUCAAGCAUAGUGAGCGGAGAAGAAGAUCUCAGCGUUUAGCCACCUUGCCCAUGCCUGAUGAUUCUAUAGAAAAGGUUUCUCCUCUCUCUCCAGCCACUGAUGGGAAAGCUUUCUCCAUCAGUUCUCAAAAUCAGCAAGAGCCUUCAGUACCAGAGGUUCCUGAUGUUGCACAUUUGUCACUUGAGAAGCUGGGGGCCUGUCUCCCUCUUGACUUAAGUCGUGCUUCAGAAGUUACAGCGCCUCUAGUCCCAGAUCCCUCUUACCAUAACGAAUGUCCCAAGACAGACAAGGAAGAAUCGCAGAUGCUUACAAACCCUUCCUCCAAAGCAAUAACUGAUAUGAGAGGAACUCCAGCAGCAUCAGGAAUAUCGAAAACAGAAAAAAAAGUGAAAUUGGAAGAAAAAAGCUCCACAGCAUUUGGUAAGAGAAAAGAAAAGGAUAAGGAAAGAAAAGAGAAGCGAGACAAAGAUCACUACAAACCUAAACAGAAAAAGAAGAAGAAGAAGAAAAAGAAAUCUAAGCAGCAUGACUAUUCAGACUAUGAAGACAGUUCCCUAGAAUUUUUGGAAAGGUGCUCUUCUCCACUAACUCGAUCUUCUGGGAGUUCUCUGGCUCUGCGAAGCAUGUUUACGGAGAAAAAUACAACAUAUCAGUACCCAAGGGCAAUUUUGUCAGUUGAUCUUAGUGGUGAAAACUUAUCAGAUGUGGAGUUCCUAGAUGAUUCUUCAACAGAGAGCUUGCUUCUCAGUGGAGAUGAGUAUAACCAGGAUUUUGACUCAACCAAUUUUGAGGAAUCUCAGGAUGAAGAUGACGCUCUGAAUGAAAUUGUGCGGUGCGUCUGUGAAAUGGACGAGGAGAACGGCUUCAUGAUUCAGUGCGAGGAGUGCCUGUGUUGGCAGCACAGCGCGUGCAUGGGGCUGCUGGAGGAGAGCAUCCCUGAGCAGUACAUCUGCUACAUCUGCCGGGACCCGCCAGGUCAGAGAUGGAAUGCAAAAUACCGUUAUGAUAAGGACUGGCUGAAUAAUGGGAGAAUGUGUGGGUUAUCCUUUUUAAAAGAAAAUUAUUCUCAUCUCAAUGCCAAAAAGAUAGUUUCCACACAUCACCUGCUCGCAGAUGUCUAUGGUGUCACGGAGGUGCUGCAUGGGCUGCAGCUGAAGAUCGGGAUUCUGAAGAAUAAGCAGCAUCCUGACCUUCGUCUCUGGGCUUGUUCUGGGAAGCGAAAAGAUCAAGACGAAGUAAUUGCUGGAGUAGAGAAAAAAAUCACAACUGUGCAAGACACAGUCCAUCUAGAGGAAAAGAAAUCCCAUGUACAGAACCAUAAAGAACCGCCUCGUUUGCCCUUAAGAGUGGAAGGCACUUAUAUAACAAGUGAGCACAGCUACCAGAAGCCACAGAGUUUUGGUCAAGACUGCAAAUCUCUUGUAGACCCAGGGAGCUCAGAUGAAGAUGACAUUAGUAGUUUCGAAGAAGAACAAGAAUGCCACAUGAGAGAGAGAAACCGUUUACAGUACUCAGUUAAAGAAGAUGGAAUGGCUGACAAGAAUGCCGCAGCAGCAAAGAAUACGGUAUUUGUUUAUCAUGAUAAAAAGGGCACUGACAACCCAGGAGCCUCGCAUCUUCAGUGGCAGCUCAACCUCCUCACACACAUUGAGAAUGUGCAGAACGAAGUCACCAGCAGAAUGGACCUCAUAGAGAAAGAAGUUGAUGUUCUGGAAAGCUGGCUUGAUUUCACAGGGGAGUUGGAGCCGCCCGAUCCUCUCGCCAGACUGCCCCAGCUUAAACGCCACAUCAAACAGCUCCUGAUCGACAUGGGCAAAGUUCAGCAGAUUGCAGCUCUUUGCUCUGUAUGACGACAGCGGGGCCGGCGAAGCAGCAUGGCACUGUCAGUGACUGCUGUCAUCCACGUAGCGAGCGGAUAGUUAAGAUCAGAGGAGGGUGAAAAAGCUAAGUGGUGUUUGGUCAUUAGCUAAUUAGUGACAUCAGGAUGGCACCUUGAAAAGGAAAAUGAAGAACAAUUUCAUCAAAGAAGCUAAUUAAACAAAAUUUAUGAGCAAGCUACGAAUGACAAUGUGCUAUACACCAAGGAUCAGUGAAGCAGUAUAAUUUGUACUAAGGGUAUUAGCAAAAUUUUUAAAUGGUUGCUAUAUGAAGCUUGAGAUGCCUGUAGGGAGGAACAUGGUGCAUUUAUAUAGUUUGUCGUGGGAGAGCCAUGUUUGUAAACCAGCAUUUGGCCAAAAACAAAAUUAUAGAGGAAACUGAAAUUCUGGAGAGUUUGUAAGUUGUUUUAAGAACUGUCUUUUCUUGCAGCUGACCCAGCUGCACCAAAAUUUGGGUAUUUCAGCUUUCAUAGGAUCAUGAGAUAUUUCUUAGGUGACAUAUGUCCUUAAUCAAAAAACUGACAGUAGAAGUCUCACUUCUGGGGGAAACAGUUGUGGAAUUCUGACUUCAUUAUGAAUAUAUUUUUUAAAAACAGAUACCAAAUCAUUGUAAGGUAUCGCAGGCAUUAAGCUCGUUCCAAACAAAAUGGCAUGCAGAAGGGCCGUGGGCCGCCUGUCCGGGUCCCUCGGACACCGUCGGCCCCUGAGGACAUCUCCCUCGCGCACGCCGACGCUGUAUGUGACGCAUACGCUCGAGUCGCAGUAUUCAGGCUUCGACAUACAGUUGGAUACUGAGGAUGCUUUGCUGUUUGCCUUCAGAAAAAAUUGUAAAUAGCCUCAGCUGGGAUGAGGAGUGACAAAACUUACCAAAAUAAUUUGUGGCUGUGGAUUUUUUUAACUGCUGGUAGUGGAAUACUGGAAAACCUUCAUUUCUGAAGAUGAAUUUUAUUUUUAAAAAAUACAUGCGCACUCAAAACUUUUAGCUUUGAUCACAAAUGGACAAAUCCCUGAAACCAAAGGCAACCAAGUUGCUGUGUUAGCUCUUGCUGGAUUUGAGCCCAGGUUCUCUGUCUGCCAGUGCUUUCGUGAGCUGUGCCCCAUGCCCAGGUGUGCACAAGUGUGCAUGCUUGUUUGAAACAAACACUCACCGUACAUAUGUACAUAAUCUACACAUAUUUAUAUCUACACAUAUCUAGUUUUAUUACUAUAGUCUAUAAGAAUUGGUGGUUAACAUGAAAUGUUACCUUUUAACAGACUGUUUUUAAAAAUUAAAAAUGUAUGUACAGGUUUUGAAACUUUUUUAAAAAGGGGGAAAAGGCUGUUAAGAGGAGGCUAUUUGGGGACAUACACACUUGAAUACUUCAUGCCUCAUUCUGUCUGUCAGUUCCAGCGGUCUGUAUAAGUGCAUUUUAGAACUGAUAGACAGGAUACUUGAAUUUAUCUUUGAUAAGAAAAUACAUGCCACUGUACAUUCAGAUAUUAUUUAAAUUUGCAAACACACUGUUCUAUAUGUAAGGUACUGUAUGUAAAACUCUUUAUUAAAAGUAUUCCACAUAUCCCAAAAUUUCAGUUUGCCUUUUUGCAGCCUUACAUUUUGAUGUAAAGAUGAUUAAAAGAAUGUGCAAAACCGUUACUAUGAAAUUUUUAUUGCCUUUUGAGAUUUUCCGUCUUAACAAAUGUGCCAAAGAUCAACCGACGUAAAAUCCAGUCUUCGAUACCAUCCUCUGUAUUUGCUUGUGAUGCAUUAACUUUGUCAGCGAUCUUUCUAAGAAAUGAAAAGCUUUAGCAGAGGUGAUGGGGUAGUUGUUUACAUUUGCAUAUUAAAGUGAAACAAUAGUGCCUAUAUUCCAUGUGUGCAGUAAAUUUUGCUAAUGUCUGUGUUUCAAGGUUGGUACUUUAUUUUUCUUUUCUGUCUAAAAAUAACAGUUCUGACCUUUGCCCUGUGGUGGUUAAAUUCUAGGCAUUGAAGUUAUGCCUUUUUUUCCCCCAGAAAUGGGAAUGACAUAUUUAAUCUACGAAUAGUGGUGCUGCCUAGAUGCUUGUCAGGUUCACAGAAGACCUUUUGCACCCACCAACACACAUCUUCUCAGGGCUGGGUGCCAUGGUUCCAUUAAUGCAUAUUUGUUCUUAUUGUGUCUUAAAAUUAGAGCACUGUGUUGUUAGUAGUCAACAAACUGGAAGUUGCAUUAAUAAUUAGAUUGCUAAAACUUCUGCUCUGCUUUCACCUAUACGAAUUGGAAAUGUGAAUUUUUAAUUAGAAUUUUUAAAGUACAUCUGUAUCAUGUUAUUUCUACGCACAUACCCAUUUAAUGUGGACUAUCAACAAUUCAUAGAAGCCUUUUAGCAGCUGGGGCUUGAACAUUAUUUAAGAGAAUGGAUUGGG